GGACAAUCAAGGUUGUAUCAUCGGUUUUUGACUUGCUGAGUAAGUCUUUCAACAUUGAAAAUGAAGAAGAUGAAGACUCGUCUUUCCUUUCUCUUUGUCGUCGCGAUAACCCUCCUUGACGUGGCGAGGGCCACAGGCAUGCAAGGAUUCCUGUCUUCGGCGAGCACGGGUUCGACAACAUCGAAUGAAGAACAAGGGUCCUCGACACCCGCGGUCGAUCAACAUGAGCAAGCAGGAGGAACUGAAGAUGCUAUAAAAACUGGCGCGCCAGCGCCUGCAGUCGAGCUACG